UAACGUGAUAGCGUGCGGGUUAAGCAAGAAGCGGUGACAGGUGAAUGUCUACCGGACAACUCUGUGUGGAGUAGAUUUCUAGAGAUGGCGGAAAGUGAACUAGUGUCAGGAGCAGAUGGCUGGUUGUCCGCCUUGGCUGCUUCACUGGGAUCCUCUGAACCAGCGUUGCGGUUGGUCAUCUCUAUCUUCCUUGGGUACCCAUUUGCCUUGCUCUACAGAUACAUUCUUUUUGAUCAGUCACCUUCAGCAAUUCACAUCUACCACACUGUGAUUGGUUUAUGGAUUGCUUAUUUCAACUUUGGUGGACAGCUGUACCAUUCCCUUCUGUGUGUGGUAGUCCAGUUUUUGGUCAUACGGCUUAUGGGCAAGACAGUCACAGCAGUACUGACCAGCUUCAUAUUUCAAAUGGGAUAUUUACUAGGUGGCUACUACUGCACAGCAACGGAACAGUACGACAUCAAAUGGACAAUGCCCCACUGUGUUCUCACCCUCAAACUCGUAGGACUUGCCUUUGAUUAUUAUGAUGGCGGAAAAGAUAAGACAAGACUAAGCAAGGAACAAGAAGUUAGUGCAAUACAAGCAGUUCCAUCUUUCCUGGAGGUCACAGGCUUUUCUUAUUUCUAUGGAGGUUUCUCAGUGGGACCACAGUUCACGAUGAACAAUUACCUUAAACUAAUCAAUCGGGAGAUGACUGAUGUCCCUGGGCAAAGACCAAAUUGCAUUGUUCCUGCUCUAACUCGCUUAUCCGUGGGCUUAUUCUUCAUGGUAAUCUUCCUACUCACAUCAGGCUAUGUGCCAGUUGAGUACUUACUCACAGAUGAGUUUGAGAACCAGCCAUUUUGGUACCGUUGUGUAUAUAUUGCAGCAUGGGGCAAGGUUGCUCUUUACAAGUAUGUCAGCUGCUGGUUAAUUGCGGAGGGUGUUUGUAUAAUGACUGGCCUAGCUUACAAUGGAAAGGAUGAGACUGGAAAAGCUAAAUGGGAUGGUUGUGCGAAUAUGAAAGUUUGGUUGUUUGAGACAACUCCUCUUUUCACAGGGACAAUUGCCUCUUUCAAUAUUAAUACCAAUGCAUGGGUUGCCAGGCAUAUCUUCAAAAGACUGAAGUUCUUGGGGAACAAAUUGGCAUCACAAGCAUUCACACUUUUGUUUCUUGCAGUCUGGCAUGGCUUACACUCAGGAUAUUUUAUGUGCUUCUUCUUGGAGUUUAUCACUGUAGUUGUGGAAAAGCAGGAACUUGAAGUUGUUCAAGGUUGCACUCCACUGAAAAAGAUUAUUGACAACCCUAUACUCAGGCCACCUCUCUACAUUAUUCAACAGUGUAUCCAUUGGUUGUUCAUGAGUUAUCCCCUGGUGGCAUUCAGCAUUUUUUCUUGGGAAAAAUGGGUUAAGGUGUACAGUUCAGUUUAUUUCUGUGGCCACAUAUUUUUUUUUGUAUUGCUUGUCAUAUUACCAUUCCUCAGGAAAGUCCUUGUGCCAAGGAAGUCAAAAGAAAAGAAAUCUGAGUGAAUCAAGUCUUUCAACAGGAAAAGGUGAUUGAGAACUUUUGGACAGCAAGCAUCCUUAACUUUUGGAUUCACAGCUGUUCAGAUGGAAGGACAGCUGUUGUAAUAAGUGGAAGUUUUUUUAAGAGAAGAGAGAACAUGAUGAGGACAAAUUUUGUUUAAUUGGGUUUAAAAAAAUUAUCCCAUUUUGUUUUUAUGUUUUGAUUUUUUUUUUUUUUUUGCCAUCACUUUGUAUAUUUUAUUUACUCCAUCUAUGUUCUUAACCCUAGAAUUAACCUUUUGAUUUUGCUGAUUUUUCUGCAUUCUUCAGGAUUUUUAAUUUUGGUCCCCAAAAUAUGAUCCACACAAAACACUGCCAUUUCUAGAAUGUGUGACUCAGACAAGAAACAAACGUCUGAAUUUAUCAAGUUUCCUUCAAGAUAAAUUCAGUGGAUGACAUCAAGCUUCCAGGCUGCCAAACUACUGAAGCAUUUCCCUAGUGGAAGCUGAAGAUACUGUAAAGGAGAAUAUAUUUGCAAGGAAAAAGAAGGAAGUCUGGGGCUGCAUUUGACUUUCUUCCUUCUGCAUACUUGAAAUAGAUAUAUUUUUCAAAUAAAACUGCUAGCACAGAAAAAGAAGGGGAAAACGGUUAAGUGGAGUGAUAAAUGUAAGUCUGAAAUAGUACACCACUUUUAUCUGAAAAUGUGAAAUACAACAGGUGGCCAAAGAAGAAACUCACAUUUUACCCAUAUGUGGAUGUACAAGUUUAGAUUUCCUCUGUUCAGCAGUAUGGUGUUCUACCUUUUCCAUAUAACUGAAGACAUUAGUAGAAUUUAAAUUGUUGAUGACUGUUCACUUUGUUUACAUUACACAUCUUUAUAGCGACUACAAGCCUUUUAAAAUUAAGAAAUUUGUUCAGAUUUUUUCAUUUCUGGCAGGUCAGAAUUUUGUGCAUAUCCUGAUAUCGCAUUUCUGGAACCUAUUUGAUAUUUGCUUUAUACAAGAGAAGAAUAUUUGGUUUUACAUGAUGCAUGUAAUGCCAUUUGUAUUCCAGAAGAGCUCAGAAUGUCUGCAACAAAUGAGAGGUUUGCAUCACACACCAUAAUACAAAGAACAUUGAAAAAGACCGCAGUUGUUGAGCAGUAGUGUUUGGACCAGAGCUGUGCAGCUUCCCUUGUUCAGCACUGAAUUGUAGGUUCUGCAUUCCUUCGCUCUGAGUUAAUAUCAGAGUCACACUGUCUGCAUCCAUUCAUGAGACUAAGUUUUCAGACCUUUAACUUAUGCCUUGAUGGAGUGUAGAAAGAUGUACAUACAUCUUUCGCAUUGUUCAGAAACCUGCUUUUAUUGAGUUAGCUCGCAGACAAAACUUAGCAUGUUGAGCUCUAAAUACUUUUCCUUUCAGGGUAUAAUUGUAAGUGGAAUAGUCACAAUAUUUAAUACUAAAGUUAUCUGCACAGGAUGGAAUGCAGGCUGAGAUGAAUUAAUGUGGUUAUUUUUCUUAUAAAAAAUGUGUUUUAAAAGUUGUAGAAAUGAUAGUGAUUGUAAAGAGGAUAGUUAAUGCCAAAUUUAAAUUUGUGCUGAUAUUGAUAUUUAUAACAAAUAAGCAUUCACUGUGUUUUUAUAAAGUAUACAACAUAGGUUUUUAAACUAGAAAUGAAAAUGGA